AUGCUUAAUCCUAUACUAUUUGUCUAUCGUAUGAUACGAUUAACAUUUUAUGAGUUUUUAAGUAAUUUUUUUGGUUUUCGCCGAAUUGCCAAAAGUAAGAGACAAUUACCGGGUAAAGUAGUUGUGAUUACCGGUGCCAACACCGGUAUCGGCAAAGAGACAGCAUUUCAAAUGACACUAAGGAAGGCAAAGGUAUACAUUGGUUGUCGAGACGUGAAAAAAGCUGAGACAGCUGUCGCCCAAAUCAAAGCACUAAAUCCCGGAGCAGACAUACAUGUGCUACGAUUAGACUUGUCUUCUCUUAAAUCGGUUCGCAUGUUUGCCAAAGAAUUGUCAUCACUUGAAUCGACAAUCGAUAUACUGAUCAAUAACGCCGGUGUUAUGGCCUGUCCUGAGUGGCAGACAGAGGAUGGCUUUGAGAUGCAGUUCGGAACAAAUCAUUUGGGUCAUUUCCUGUUAACAAUGCAUUUGUUGCCAUUAAUUAAGAGAUCGUCAAACGCCCGUAUAGUAAACGUGUCGUCCUGUGGCCAUCAAUUGGGUGACAUUAAUCUUAAUAACAUUAUGUUACGUAACGGUGCCUACAGUCCUAUGAUAGCCUAUGGCCAGAGUAAGUUGGCCAAUGUGUUGUUCACCCGUGAACUGGCCCGACGUUUGACAUCGACCAACGUUAACAAUGUAAACGUCUACAGUCUAAAUCCCGGUGCCAUACAAACAGAUCUGGCCCGACAUUCAGAUAUGUCAAAGGGAUCGGUUGGAAAAUUUAUUCAGCGAUACUUUUUCAUGAAACCAUGUAUGGGCUCUCAGACAACACUUUAUUGUUCAUUAGAUGAACAAUUGGACAAUGAAAGUGGUUUUUACUAUAAUAAUUGUCGUCGCGUCACAAGUAUGGUCUCUACGGCUACCGAUGACCACACGGCCCGUAAACUUUGGGAUCUCAGUGUCGACUUAGUCGGACUCGAGAAGCAUUUAGAAAUAUAA